AAGUACUUCUUCUUCUUCUUCUCUCUCUCUUGAUCUCAUCAUAUAUGAUCGAUCGAUCCUUCAUUCAUUCUUGAUCUGCAGAAAGCACUGAAGAAGAAGAAGAAGUUAUGGUUACAGUUACAGAGCCUCGAGGAUGGCCGUUCGGGCUUGGAAAUUUGAACAAACGACUUCAAGAUUCGCAGUCACAGGCGCUGCCGGUGGUUACAAUUCAGCCGCAACAGCAGCAUCAGCAUCAGCAAGAGCAGCAACAACAACAACAACAAAUCUCUUCUCAUUAUCCAUCCUCGAGUUUCUCUUCAUUUUCAUCUUCUAAUUCUGACACUGAGAAGUCAUCUGCAUCAUUUUUCCAAGAUCAUAGUGUUUCGUUAGGUAGGUUAAUGGGCAUGAAACCAAAGGAGAAGAAGAAGCCUCUGUAUUUUUCAGGCACAAUCACUUUCAACAGUCAAUGCCAGUGUAAAGGAAUUCCAGAGAAAAGAAAGCAAGAACAUGGGGAGGAGGAAGAAGAAGAGGUGAUGAUGAUGAUGGGUCAGAGAAUUUGUGUUCCAUUAUUGGUUUGUAUUCUAGUGAAGAUGGGCGGUACAUGUAAAAGUAGAUCUAGGUGAUGAUGAUGAUCAAAAUCAACUAUUACUUGAAUGAUGAAUUCCAUCAUCAUCAACAUCAACAAACUAUUCAAUCAACUUCAACUUCAUUCUUGCACGGCAUAUACCAAUUUCAUAUUCAACUAGAGAAAGGUUAAUAUUAUUAUCUUCUUUAACCCCCCAAAAUUUGAUGGAUCAAGCCAUCAAUUUUGUUCCUAUUUCAGUUCAUUGUGUCUAUUAUGUAUGAAAAAGAAUAAGAGAAAAAUAUAGCAACUCAUCAAUCACCCCUUUCCCAUUCCCUGGAGUAUGAGUGGAAUUCCAAAAGACUAUAAACCAGGAGGAGUUUUGUUGUAAAGUUGAGCCACCCUCAAUUUGGGUGACUUAUUAUGAACACUGUUAUGGAAUGUUUUUGGGAGCUAUUGGAUUAUCCAUGGAGGCCCAAUAAUACCAUUAUUGGUUUCUAAGA